AUGGCAAAAAUCGCUACAUCAUUUGUAAAUCGUUACAAAUUGACACCACAAACUAGUUUACCCCAGCUUAGUACCUAUGUUGAAGAGUUAGAUAAUGAACUUUCAGAUGGCAAGUCAAAAGAGCAGGCUCGAAAAGCCAGAGAUCAGGCUAAAAGACGCUUCCAAGAGUUGGGAUUAAGUAAGGAGCAAGCUGAUACUCUUAUCCCCAUUCGAGCUCCUGGAAGACAUGUUGAGGAAAGAGUGCCUAUCAAAAUUAUUGCGCAAUAUAUUAUAAAAAAUGAUCUCUCACCUGAAGAGAUAAAUGGAAUAGCAUACGACUUGGCUUCUUCUGCUCCUACUACUGUUGCUGGAAAUUCUCGCAACGAAAAUACCCUUUAUUACUGA